AUAAAAAAAAAAAAAAAAAAAAAAAUAUUUUCUUACGAGAGAAUGUCUUGCUUUAAUCGCUUAAAGUUGAAAGAUGCACUUGGAAAAUAUCGUGGACGAGAAAGAGAGAGAGAGAGAGAGAGAGAAGAAAAGAUGAGACAGUACGUUUGAUCGCGAAGCGAUUUAGAAAAAUCAAUCAUAGAUCCUACCUCGUGUGAUCCUGAAGCGCCGUCUACCUGUGGGACAUACCACCAACGUAUGGAUUUCAUCAGGAGAAUCAGAAGAAGGGGUCAGAACAGACAAGACAGAGAGUGGGACAGAGUCAGGGGGACAGGUCAAGCGAUUGCAGGUGUCGCGUUGCACGUUCUCGAUUUCUACCUUUAACGCUAUUUUAAUAACCAUUUAAAAAUUCAUCAGUUCGAUAUGUUCCUUCGGUCAGUAAAAUAAAGAGAUUAACUUUGAUUUCUUUAUUUCAUUAAUAUUUAUCGUAGCGAACCCGACGAGAAGGAUUAAUAUUCGAAGAAAGGAGAAAGAGAUCAAUGUCCGCUUUGCUCUAUCCGAUCGCAUUGCUGGUUCCAUGAACUCAAUGCAAUUAACGAUCGGUUAUUUGGAAAUGUAAUUUUCUGGGUGUUCCGGUUGAACAUAGAGGGAUGGCUUUCUUAUGUCCGGUACGCAUACGUCGAGGGAAAAAAAAGAAACCUGGAAUUCAUAACUUUAACCUGGAAAAGGACUGUGUUGGUGCAGGAGGUACAGGACUUGGCGUAGGAACCAGAGCCCCGUUACCACCUGGUCGUAUCACGGGAAGUGCCAGUAUAGAAACUUUAGUAAGAGUUGGUAUAGAAAAAGAAAAUGGACUUUCUCCGGAUAGUAAGAUGGUUAUAGUUCAUGACUUUACACCAUGCGUCGAUGAUGAGCUGCAAGUCAAAAGAGGACAAGUUGUAAAUGUAUUAUAUAGAGAAAAUGAUUGGGUAUAUGUAAUAGCAGCAGACACGCGUAUGGAAGGAUUUGUACCACACUCUUACUGUGCACCCUAUACAUCACAAUUAGCCGAAUUAACUCUUGCUACUCUUAUGAAUAAUGUUAAAAAGAAAUUGCCAAGGUCCAAUGAGGGUGACGGUGAUAUCUCAAGUACAGGACGCUCUCAAGCAUUGGAUGCACAACAAACUGAUACAGGAUCGGCGUCAGAUUGCGAAAGCUAUACCCGCAACGUUGUAACUGCAGAUAUAAAUGUUAAUCGAUCUAAUAUUACUCAAUCACAAAAUUCUAUACAAACUAUAUCUUCUCAACCAGAUGUGCAUCCCUUUUUCAAGGAUCCCUCAGCUGGAAGGUAUAUUGUGUUAUAUACAUUUGUGGCGCGAGACGAAAACGAUGUAAGCGUGGAAAGAGGGGAAUUUGUGACGGUCCUCAAUAGAGACGACCCCGAUUGGUUUUGGGUGCUUAGACACUGCGAUGGUAACGAAGGAUUUGUACCAUCUGGAUUCGUUUAUCCAGGACACGUACUCCAUUCGUACGCGACAACAGGUACCGCUGCAACGACGACAACGUCUGCGGAAACGCAUACUUUAGAGACUGGUAAUGGAAAUAUAACGGGAAGCGAACAAUUACAACAGAAAAGUUUACGAGACUUCAGAGAAGAGACUCCUGGCACCGAAUUAGUUGUACUUUAUGAUUAUAAGGCGCAGGCGCCAGAUGAUCUGUCAGUAAGACGAGCCGACUGGAUAUAUGCAGAUUUGGGAAAUCAAACGGUCGAUGGUUGGCUUUGGGCGUAUGCACCCAAAACCCGGAAAUAUGGUUUUAUUCCUAAGGCAUAUGCCCGUCCUCCUGCUAUGACCAGCUUGUGAUACGUAUAGCAAUUUUGUAUUCUUAUCUUUUAUAUGUAUAUGUAUAUGUGUAUAUAUAUACAUAUAUAUAUGUACGUAUGUAUGUAUGUAUGUAUGUAUGUACGUAUAUAUAUAUGUAUAUAUAUAUUUUUUUUUAUAUUAAUACAGUAUUUCUAUAUGGUGUUCUUGUUAAA